UAAUUAUGUGCCAUGUGUAUGUCUCUUCAUGUUUUUUUUUUGUUUUUUUGUUUUUGUUUUUCGUGCAGUGUAUGCGUGUGGCGUCUAUAGUUGUUGUUGCUGCUACAGCUAUGUACUCGUAUGUGUUCAUAUUUGUCCAGCGUUGUCAUCGUCGAGUGGAGUGAACAUUUGAAGCCAUCAUCGCAGUCAACAGUCGCAGUUCAACUGCCUACGAAGUCAAUAGCGCAGGCGAGCAGUACUGAGCAGCGUGUUGAAGCCAGACACGGCGGCAACAACAAAUAAACUGAAGAAAACCCACACAAAAUAAACGAACAGCAGCACGAUUUGUUUAUAGGAAAAUUUUAAAUUAAAUAAAACAAAGAAAACAACAUACUUAGUACUAUAAAACAAAAUAAAAACGAACUAAAAACGAAGAGCAAGAGAACGGCAGAUGGAUGCACGAGUAAGGCGCUCGCCUUUGGGACAGACAUGCAAUUAGAGGAAAUUUAUAAUUAAACACACACACACUCACACACACAUUCACACACACUUCUGCAUAGACAACAAAUUGACAAAAAUGUUUAAUUUGCUGCGACGCACGCGUCAGAGAAAAACGCAUAAAAGCAAAAACUACGAUGUGAGCGAUGAGGAGGAGACGGCCAGCCAUGGUAAUCCGACAAGGAGCACGAUGAGCGGCAGUAAUGAGCGAUAUCGUUCAUUCAGCGAAUUGCAGAGCAGACCCACAGAGUCGUUGAGCAUGAAGAGAGCCACAGACCCAACAAUAUCUUCAGCUCCCUCAGUGCCAUCAGUGCCAUCAGCGCCCUCAGCGCCCCCGGCACUCUUGCCGCACCGUCGUGCUGUCAUCGAAGAGUUGGAGGAUUUUGCCAGCGAAGAUGACGAUGAUGUGGUUGUGGUUGUGGCUAAUGGGGCUGCCGGAGAGUGUGGUGCUGGUGUAAAAUUAGCAAAAACAGCUGCUACUGUGAGUAGUGGAAGCAGCAGCAGUGGCAGUGGCAGCAAUUCAGCAGCCAUUUUGAGCUCUUGGCGCUCUACUCGUGGCAGCACUAGCUCUAGCUCUAGCUCUGGCUGUGCUAGCAAAUUGAAUAUAAAUAACAUUAGCAAAGGCAAUGGGGCGACGGCGAGGACAACGACUGUUGUUGGUUGUGGUUGUGAUGAAGAUCGAAAUGUUGCGACCAGUUCAAACGAGGCAGCCAAAACGAAUGGCGACGUUGGCCAGCCAUUAAUUGGCAUAGAUCUAAACGACUACUAUAACGACCACAAUAUUGAGCCGAUCGAUGGCUGUGCGCAGCCAAUUUCUGGCACGGUAAUUGACGACGACAAGACCAAGAGCACAAGCAAAAGUAAAAGCUCACUCAACACGCAACACUCAUCGCUAACGAACAAAUCAAAUACAAAUACAAAUUCGAAUCCGAGUUCGAGUCCAAAUCAAAAUCAAAUCGCGCAACAGAAGAAACAAUCGCGUCUAUCCUUAACCAAUUUUGGUCUACAGCUGGUGCACAGUGCUGUCAAAAGUGAAGCCGUGAACUCGAAUUGUGAAAGUGAAGUGCCAGUGCCAAUUACAGAGGCAGAGCCAGUGGCAGUGCCAGUGGCAGAGGCCGUGCCGAAAGUGAAGCGCAAAACGUUGCAAAAGAGUCGCGAUUUUCUUAGUGAAAUUUUCAUGGCGCGUGGACGUAAUCACCAACAUCGUCAGCAGCAUCGCAGUCAGCAGCAGCAGCAGCAACAUCAAGCAAAGGUUAAAACCGCCGUCGACGUAAUCGGCCAGGCGCUGGCCGCUGUGCCCGCUACGCUAGCGGCGGCACCAACACACCUUGAAACGAACUCCGACCCCGCAAACGAUUCUACGAAUAGUUAUCAAAUGACUAUGUCUAAUAAUAGCCAAAAGAAUUUUCACAGAGCGCUAAAGAGCGAAGAGCGGGAAAGCCCAUGGGAGCGCCAGCGACGCAGUAAUUCAGCAGACUGUGAGAUACGCACUGGAGCAACAGCUGCCACAGCCACAUCAACAGGCAGCGCCAAGAGCGGUAGCGAGGUGCGCGCCCACAGCGUUGGACCAAGAGACUUUAUUCAAGCGGCAAACGUCGAGCGGCACGCUGUGGUUGCAAAUGCGGAAGAUCGCAGCCGUGCACCAUCUGAGCAGGCGAAUGCACUACAACGCAACGCCGCUCAAACCAACAUCAACAACAACAGCAACAACAACAGCAACAGCAACAGAAAAAAAAUCAAUAUUAACAACAGCUAUCAAGAGCAAGAAGAACAUCAGAAUAUCAGAAAACAGUUCAGUGACAUAAUCAUGGGCCAAACAAGCGCCAAACCCAACGAGCAAACAACGGGCUCCACAACGUCUUCACGUGCCAGCACGCCGCGUGAGUUUCGUGAGUCCAUAGUCACGCCAGAGCCGCCAGUGGCGCCACCACGUACGCACCACCAUCAACAGCAACAGAAUGAUAGGCAAUUGCCCAAGAUAACGGUGGUCGACUGCAGUUUUGAUAGCGAGAGCAGCGAGGGCCAGAGUCCCACAGAGACGGCCGAGGAGGUGUACUACGAUUUCGAACAGAGCCACAACAACAACAACAACAAGCACAGCAGCAGUGGCGUGCACAUCACAUCAGUGGAUGAAGGGGAAGACGAAGCAGAAGCGUGUGGAGAUGCAGCCGCCGAGUCUCUGGAGGACGAAGUUUUCGAAACAGAUAUCCCCACGACCGUGUAUCAAAAUGGAGGACGUCCUUGGACGCGACUGCGUCACGUCAAAUUGGAGAAUGUUCAGGAGGAAGCAGAGGAAGAGGACGAUGUAGACGAGGCCUUGGAACUAGAUAGCGAUGAACUUGAACAUGCCCCCACAGCAAUGCCACACAAAUCGAGUCGCGAGCGCCAAUCGGCAAGUAGCGAGCGCAGUGCCCUGAAAAGUGAUUCCAAUCUGAGCAGCAGCUAUGCGGACUCGGGCAUAGGCAUAGGCAUAGGUAGCAUGGUCAGUCUAGGGAGUGCGACACAGCAAGAGACGCCGGUACGGAAUUGCGCGACGGCAACCCUGCGCACGCCAUUCGUGCGCGAUGGCAACUCUACCGACUGCGAGGAGACGCUGCUGCAGUGCGACGAACUCGAUGAUGAGCAACAACAUCAUCAUCAUCAUCAUCAGCAGCAGCAGCAGCAGCACCAGUACGGGCAAUUUAAUGAACGCCUGGUGUGCAUCGAGAGCAUUAGCCUGCCCGAUGUCGUUGUGGAGUCAACGACCGCGAAUAGCGCUGCGCCAUCAACGACAUCAGCAGCAACAACAACAGCAAACACGGGCGCAAAUGCGAACGGCAUUUCCGACGACACACAGAUCAAUAUCAAUAUUAACGGCGCCAGCGGCAACAGCCUCGGCAAUGUGCAUUUUAUACCCAUACACGUCGAGGGGGGUGCUGGGGGCAGGGGUAGUGCCUCACGCAGUCGCAGCAGCAGUCCCAACAAGCAGCGCAGUCUGGACGACACCUUCAUUGGCAAACAAUACAGCAUGCCGCCUACCAUCGAGAUCAUCGAGGAUGGCUGCAUUCUGAAUGCACCAGCGCCCCAAUCGUCGAUGCAGGAUUGCAAUGGCAACAACAACAACAACAACAACUAUGAAGUGGAUAUUCUCAAGCAGGAGCUGAAACUACAAAAGGCACGCUACAACACCCAACUGGACGAUGCGCACAAGAAUUUACACAACUUGGAGGGCAAGGUGGGGGACAUGCAGGCCAAGAUACAGAAACUGGAGCAGGAACUUUCACUCAAGCAGUGGAAUGUGGAGAGACUCCAGGGCGAACUCGAUGCAGCGCACAAGGAUGAUGAAUAUGUGAGAAAAAAACUGAAAUUGCUCGAGGAUGAGAAAGUUAGUUUGCGUCACAAAUAUAGCGACAACGAGGAUGAAUUCAAGCAAAAAUAUGACGAACUCGAGGCGCAGUACAACGAACUUAAGGAGCGGUACACGCAGACCCAGUGCCUGGCGAGCAGUCUCCAAACGCAAUUGGCCAGCGCACAGGCAGCGGCGGAGGAGUGGAAGAACGAGUUGGGGAGGAUACGGGCCGAGCUGGAGGAACAAAUACGCAUACUCAAGAAUGCGCUCGAAAAUUCCGAAGCCGAGCGCAAAAUAUGCGAGGAUAAGUGGCAAAAGGAGUUCGAAAUUCUACGCACACAUAAUCGAGAGCGCGAGGACACACUGAUGACGGACUGUGAGUGGCAAAUGAGGCAAAUGCAGCGGCAGUGCAAGGAUAAAAUGGACAAAUCCGCCUACGAACGGAAACAGGCAAUGGCCAAGGCCGAGGAACUCGAACAGGAGCUGCAAUCACGUCGAAAGGAGCUGGAACAUUUGCGCGUCUUUCAGGCGCAGGUGAACUCUCUCCGGGGUGUGGUCAGCGAACAGGAACACUCCAUACACACGCUCAUGGAGCGCAUCGACACUCUUCAGACGGAUCUGGAUACGGCCAACGAGAAUUUGGAAGCGCAAAUUGAAGCUGUGCACAAAAUCAAAUAUCAAUGUGAUAAUGCCAUUUAUGACAAGGAGCGUCAAAUGAUCUAUCGCAUCGAUGAGGUGCGCAAUGAAGCUGCCGCCUUUUGGGAAAAUAAACUUUACACAGAGAUGACAAGACUGACAAAUGAACUCGAAUCCGUGUAUGUGGACGAGCGACGCGAAGCUCUCGAUAAAUUGCAGACCGAGCAUGUGGAAGAGUUGCGUGCGCUCACUAAUCGAUAUACAGCCAACGAGGAAGAGAUGCGCGCUGAGAUCAACGAGUUAAACGAGAACCUGGAGCUGAAGAAACAGGACUUUCUCGCGCUGCGAGAGCGCUCGGAUAAUGCGUUGUUGCAGACACGCAUGCAUUUGGAUCGCGCUGAUCGGGAAUAUCAGAAUGCCAUGUGCCGCGAGGAGGAUCGUCGGGUGGAGCUGGAGGAGAAGCUGAAGAAGGAGUUUGAACUCGAGAAGCAGGAAAUGGAGGAGAAGUUCCGGGAGCGUUUGGGCCAAGUGAAGGAGGAAUUCGCCAAGGAACUGCUGCUAUCCACGCAGGAUAUGGUGGAGACACAUCGCAAAGAGCUGGAAACACAAAAAGCCAAACUGCAGGCGGAAAAGGAUGAGGCCCUGCAGGAGCUUGUGGAGCGACACCGAGCCAAAAUGGCAGCUGCCGAGGAGCGCAUCAACGAUAUAGAGCUUCGGCAUCAGCGUAAUCUCAAGGAUCUGAAGGCUGCCUAUGAUGCUGAGAAAGCGGCGCUGGACAAACGCGAUAUCAGCAAUGCGAACGAGAUCGAGCAACUGCAUCGCCGAUGUCGCUGUCUAACCAAUUUAUUUGAGGAGAUGCGAAUGCGCUACGAGCGUCGAGAGCCCCGUCCCGAGGAUCUGCGCGAGAUCGAAGAGCUGCGCACGCGCUGCGAGACCCAAGAGCGCGAUCUCUAUGUCCUCACCGAUCGCCUGAGGGAGAUGCAGCUUCAAAUGACCGAGUUGCAACAGAACGGCAACAACGAUGGUCAGCAGCGAAAAAUUGCGGGCAAGACUAUCAAGAAGCCGCCACCCAAGACGAUACCCACCAGCUGUGACGUCAUCUACGAGGAAAACGAGGAGCGCGAGUCGCCCGAAAACGAAACAGUUGCUGAUCAAUACGACGAGGACGAGGAGGAGGCCGAUGAGGAUGAGAAUGGGGAUGGGGAUGUGGAUGCGGAUGCGGAUGAGGAGGAGGUCGAGGAUGAAGAGCGGGAGCCCAGCGACACAGAGUCGAAUCACACAAUCGAAAUAAGUGGCAAACUUGCCGAUUGCAUCAACGAGGAUGAUGUCCAUAUGGUAUCGGCUGUUUAAGCCGCUUUACUAGACAAAUUGAACGUAAAAUCGUGGCUGUUUUCUUCUUAUCCUUUUUUUUAAUGAAAGUUUUGAAAUACAAGUACUCGCACUAUUUUCUAAGCACGGCGGGCAAAGCCUUGCAGGCCUCUGCUUCCAGCAGCUGAUUAAACACAAAUUCUUUGAAUUCAUGACGCGGCUUGUUGUUAUUGCCUGGAAAGUUUUUGAAAGAUGCAGAAAUCAAGCUAAAUAAUACCAAUAAAAAUUGUAAAAUCUCUCAAUUGGUUUAUGAAACCACCACACAAGGAACGAAUAAAUGUAAAUAUUUGUAA